AUGGCGGACGCUAUAUUCUUCUCUAUCGUAGCUCUCGCUAAAGCGGGUAUUGAGUGCUGUCGAAACGCCCAAAUCUGCAAGGAUGAGGCAGCCCGCAUCGGCAAGCGUCUGACGAUAGUGGUCGCACGAGCUAACGAAUGGGGAGCGGUUUGUGAAAGUGCGCGCCUUUUUCAUUUCCAUGAAGUCGUGGAGAAUGCCUUUCUCUGCUUGCAAGCCGUUUCAUCGCCUAGAAGCAAGCGUUCCUCGUGGAACAAAUUGUUCAAGUCUGCGUUGCAAUCCACAUCUUUGCUCGACCAAAUCCUUGAAGCAGAGAGUCAUCUGAAUACUGCCAUCAACGAUCUACAGAUGGAGCAGUCCAACGCCAUCUUCUCACAACUGGUAGACGUCUCGAAAGGGGUUGCAGAGUUGCUUGACCACUUUGGAACUCUAGCUAUGAGCCAAUCGAAUCCUUCCGUGACCAUCCAGCAACAGUUUGAUAAGGUGUUGGCGGAUGCACAGGCACAAGCCCCAGAAGUUGCCGUUUCUAUCACCGGUGACACAAUAAACCAUGCAGUACGAGAGUAUGACUCUCUCAACCAUGCGGAAGCUGAGAUUGUUUUAUCUCAACAGCAACAAAAGAUAUUGUUUCGUCCAUCAAAAGAGGAUGUACUUGCUAUCUCGCUUAAUUCAUCAUCACUGAAGUUCAGCGAUGACCGAAGAAACCUUCUGGGCGGUGGAGGAUUUGCAGAAGUGUUUCGUGGAACCUAUGACCACCGGCCAGUCGCGGUCAAGCGCCUCAAGGCGUACGACGGAGAUCUGGCGUCUCUCUCUCAAAACCAAAUCUCUCGUGAUGUGGAACGCCUCGCUGCAGAAGCCAUUUUGACGCACAAGUGCGGCAAGCAUUCCAAUAUCAUCCACAUUGUUGGAUGUCUUACCAUACUGAAUGAAGUGGAGAGACCUCUCAUUGUCAUGGAGCUAAUGCAUACAACUUUAUUUGACGCUCUACAUGAUCAAAACCAAAAGGAUACUAUGGGAUAUUCUCGUCGGCUGUAUCUGUUAAAAGGUAUUGCCGGAGCCUUAGAGUUUCUUCAUCUGCAAGGAAUUGUCCACCAUGAUAUCAAGUCUCUAAAUAUCUUGCUGAACAAUCAAUUGACUGUUGCCAAGUUGGCUGACUUUGGCGAAUCUAAAGUAAAAGGCCUCCACACCACGAAAUUCCGUCUGAAUACAAUAAUGGCCACCACCAGUCACAAGGGCAAUCAGGUAGCAGGUACAGCCGCCUACCAGGCACCAGAAAUUCUCUCUGAAGAAGUUAGUGACACAUCACGCGUUUGCGAGAUGUUUUCGUUUGGGGUAACAGUGUGGGAGUGCCUAACAGGCAGCAUUCCACACAUGGGUAAAAAGGAAUCAUCUAUUGCUCUUUUAGCUGCAAACAAGAAGCACCUACCCAUGCUUGAUGUGCCCUCACGUCCGGUUAUAGAUCUUCCAGAGAUGGAAUUGGCUUCCUGGAAAGCACUGAAGGUGAUUGCAACAAUGUGCAUCUCGCGCGAUCGCUCAAUUAGGCCGACUGCUUCUGUCGUAGUGGGACUUUGGCAUAGAGUAAAGACUGCAGGAAAGGUCGAACCUUUUUCGUUCUCUCUCGAAAACUUGUCUACAGCCAAAACUGGUGGCAUUGUCAACACCUUGUUGCCUACAGAUUUCGGGACCCAGGGAUCAGCAAGUCAAGCACAAGACCACGAGGAAGAGUCCAAAGCUGAAUAUGGAACGUUUUCAAAGAAACGUUGCUACAGUGGACUGUCCGUCUAUGCCAGUAUUGUGGUGUUGCUUGGAAGCAUAGUUGUAUUGACUGUGACCCUAGUGCCUAGAACGUCUCCGGAGUCCCCUUCGCCAUUGUUGGCUCGCCUUUCCUUGCAAACCACAGAGGAUUUGUAUGAUGCUGUUGAUGUCUAUGUUGGCGCAACUCGCCCUAUAACGUCCAUAGCAGCCACUAAAUAUGGAUAUCCUAUUGGAUCGUGGGAUGUGUCGCAAAUCACCAACUUUACUCAAGUUUUUGACGGAUUGGGUCGAAAUCGUGCCAUUAGGAUGUUUGAUGAAGAUUUAAGCAGUUGGGAUGUUUCGGCAGCAACAACAAUGCAGUCAAUGUUCAACGGUGCUGAUGCUUUCAAUAGUAACCUCUCAGCUUGGAAUGUGAGCCAGGUGACCGACAUGAGUUUCAUGUUUUGGGGCGCAUCAACCUUUAAUGGAGACCUUUCGUCAUGGAAGGUAGACCGGGUUGAAAAUAUCAAGUCUAUGUUUGGGGGUGCGGGCGCAUUCAAUGGUGAUCUCUCGGCAUGGAAUGUGAGCCUGGUAACCGACAUGAGUUUCAUGUUUUGGGGCGCCUCCACUUUUGAUGGGGACCUUUCGUCAUGGAGCGUAGACCGGGUCACAAGUAUGGAGUCUAUGUUUGAGGGUGCAGGAGCCUUCAAAGGUGAUCUUUCGUUGUGGAAUGUGAGACAGGUAACAGACAUGAGUUUCAUGUUUUGGCGUGCAUCUUCUUUCAAUGGGGAUCUAUCAUCAUGGGAUGUAGAGCAGGUCACAGGUAUGCAAUCUAUGUUUCAGUUUGCAGCAGCUUUUAAUGGUGACCUGUCAAACUGGGAUGUUAGAAAUGUAACAACAAUGCAAGAUAUGUUUUAUGGUGCAACUUCCUUUACUGGCACCCUGUGUUCCUGGCUGGAAAAACUUCCAUUGGACUGCAAUGUUGAUAAAAUGUUCUUUAUGGCACAGUCCUGCACAGACAGAGCAGACAUCAUACUGCCAAUUGGACCAAUGUGCCAUACUUGCACAACAUAA